GAUUUAGAACUUUCAGGGAGCUUCGACAAACUGGCUUUCGCAGACUCUUUCGCAUUACUUUAGAGGCAAGCAUCGCUGAGAAAGUGAAAGUGUUCAGUUUGUCGUUGUUUUGAUGAUAAAAACUUUCUCUGAUAAGGCAGAAAUCAUCUUGCAGGAAUAUUUGGGCAUUUCACCAAAGCAUCCGCACAACUUGGACAGUCCGCCAUCUUUUGCAUCAAGUUUACAUUUGCUAAAGUAUCCUACUAAACAUCCAAAUUUCUAAGAUAUUUUCGACAAAGCAUCCUGUCAAGAGUUCUAAUCCUUGGGAAAAUUUGGGUGAAAUUUUUCUCAACAAUCACCCCUAGAAUUUUGUUUAUUUUGCGGCAUUGAAAAUUGGUUGAACGGCUCACAACUGUGACACGACGCGAUGCCGAUUCCCACGAAUCAGUACAAAGACAUAGUAAAGGAUUAUGUCGCUUACAAACUACGUCAAAAUCAUAUUUUCGUUGAAGGAUAUAACCAAGACUUAAGCACGGAAACAUCAAGACAUCUGAGAAGGGUUGCCGAUGAACUUAUCGCGGAUAACCGAGACCUCUUCGAUUCCAUGUGCGACCAGCUUCAUUUAACUCCAACUACAACCUAUCCAACGUUUGUAGGAAUUGCUGACGAAAUCUUCCAGACUGGAAAAAACUGGGGAAGAAUUGUAGCAUUUUUUGCAUUUGGAGCUACGUUAGCUGUUUACUGCUCAAGAAGAGAAGAACUUUUUAACUUGAUCGAUGAUAUUGUAGAAUGGGUAUCGAGGUACAUGGAUCAGAAUUUAGCUGAAUGGGUCGAAGAAAACGGAGGAUGGCAAGGGUUCACAGACUUUUUCCAACCUGAUGAUUCACCAAAAAAGGAAGGCUCUGGCUCUGGAAGAGGCUGGGGAAUGGCUGCAGUUUGUGGUAUUGGUAUUGGUGCAUUACUUAUGCUUGCAACUAGGGGAUAAUUGCAUGACAUAUAUUGUGUGACAGUGUUGCGUUACAAUAUUGAUACUUUAAUAUUUAUAGUUUUGGAGACAGAGGUUUGAAACAUUAUUACACAAGGCUGCACAUGGUGCAGAACAUUAAGCCUGGAAUUUCUCAUGGUAGGCAUUAUUGUAAUGUCAAGGACAUUGGUCAGGAUUUGUAAUAAAAUAUCUUCAAAGAAGAGUUAUGUGAAUACAUGGGUGAAUGUCAUGUCGUAUAAGAAACUCCUGAGACACAAAAGUCUUGUCUUACCAAUCAGAAUCAAACCAUCUGACCAGCAAUAGACCAUUUCACAGAUUACCUCAGCCUGUCAUAAUCAAGCUGCAGUUACCACCACUUAAAGAUCAGUUUAAAAUAUGUCCAAAGUUCAAAAUUUACAAAGAAUAUAAUUAUUGUGAAGUUAUAACUAAUCAACCUUGCCAUACAUGAAUUUGUACUUGGUGGAUUUGAGGAACUUCAUCUUUUAAUAAGAUCAAUUUUGUAUAGCUGAGUUAUCUAUGAACAGUCCUGUGCCUCACACUAGGUUAUGCUUUAUUUUCUGUCUGGCACUUUUGAAAACUGGAAUUAAAUACCUUGAAAAUGUUCCCAAAACUUUCUGUGAACAUCAAUAGAGCGACUAACAAUGAAUUUUGAUUUUUGAAUACACUAUCUUGUGUAGGAAGCCCAUGUAAGCGAUCUGUGAUUUCCUAGUUCACACCACUGCACUACUAGUCAUUGAAUCAAUUGGCUGUCUGUAUUUGCUCUUUUAUUUAAUAUGUGCACGAUUGGUUGAUUGACAAGUGUCAGUUGUAUAUUAAUUCUUCAGGAUAUCAAUUGUUUUGCCAUAGUUUAAUUUCAAGUGAAAUUUAGAGUUUAUCAAAGUGGGGCAAAGUGGCAGGUUCCACUUUAAUUUUUGGCUUCUGUGGGACUGACAUCAUUCUCUCACACACAUAAAAUAAGAACGACUUGUAGAAAGUCUACAUGAAAGUGGGAGUUGAAACAAGUUUCAAAGCUACAGUUUUUGCCAAAAAUUGUUGGUCUAAAAAGUACUUGUGGUGUUGAUCCUUUAUUUGUUAUCAUGCUAUUCUUAAUAUUAUUUUGAUUAUUUUGAUUAUCCUUAUUUUAUAGAAUUGAUCUAAUCACGGUACUUUUUGUAUUGUUUAAAGCACAAAAAGUACCGUGAUUAGAUCAAUUCUAUAAAAUAAGGAUCAUUUGCUAUUAGUUUAAUAAAAAAAUUGUAUGAUCUAAUCAUUCAAUGACAUGCCAUCAUAAGGCAGUCGAUGUAUUUACGUUUAGUAGUAGUAUGUUCUUUCAAUUUCCCUAUUAUGUCAUACAAAUAAAAUGAUAAAAUGCCUA